CCUAUUUGCUCAGCUAAUGAUGCACCGGAGGCCGCCGUGCCUCGCCUCGCUAGCGCGGCGGCGGCGAAGGGAGGGCAGCGCUGGUAACUGGAAACCAAAGGCUUCACCCUCAGCGCCCAGCCACUUUCCAUUCACUCCUAGGUGCUUAAGUGAGGGCUGGGGAGAAGCGCUCCCGGUGCCUUAGGAGUCCAGCUGGAAGGAGUGUUUUACCAAGGAACCGGGAGUACCUUUGCAACCACCACGAAGAGACAGUUCCUUUUUUUUUUUUUUUUUUUUUAAUUAUUAUUAUUUUAUUCCCCCCCAAUGAGCCAGGUUUGGAAUUAAAACGUUCUGGUAACAGCAGAAGAGUCCAUAAACUGAUAGAAAGCAGAUAGAAAGCUGUAUUACUGGUUCUUCCAAUAGCUGGAUUUCAUUUCUUGGAUAUUAAGCUGCAAAUCUGAAGAGAUGGCAUUUCUUGCACUGCACCUGGUGAUUGGGAUAUUUAUUUACUUCAACAGUGUAAAAGGAUCUUCCCAGCCUCAAGCAAGGGUGUUUUUAUCAUUCAAUGAACUGCAAGAAACUAAGACCUCUGAAUAUCACAGAAUAACACACAGUCCUCUGGAUUACAGGAUAUUAUUAAUGGAUGAAGAUCAGGAUCGGAUCUAUGUGGGCAGCAAAGAUCAUAUUCUGUCUUUGAAUAUUAAUAAUAUAAGCCAAGACCCACUCAGUAUUUUCUGGCCAGCAUCUGCAAACAAGGUAGAGGAGUGCAAAAUGGCUGGCAAAGAUCCUACACAUGGCUGUGGAAAUUUUGUGCGUGUGAUACAGUCAUACAAUCGCACACACCUAUAUGUUUGUGGCAGUGGAGCCUUCAGCCCAGUGUGUGUGUAUGUCAACAGGGGACGCAGGUCUGAGGAACACAUCUUCAAGAUCGACUCCAAGUGUGAAUCAGGGAAGGGACGCUGUUCUUUCAACCCAAAUGUGAACACGGUGUCUGUUAUGAUCAAUGAAGAGCUUUUUUCAGGAAUGUAUAUUGAUUUCAUGGGGACAGAUGCAGCCAUUUUUCGGAGCCUGACCAGGCGGAAUGCAGUGCGAACAGACCAGCACAACUCCAAGUGGCUGAGUGAGCCUAUUUUUGUGGAUGCUCAUGUUAUCCCAGAUGGCACUGACCCCAAUGAUGCCAAGAUCUACUUCUUCUUCAAAGAGAGACUGACAGACAACAGUGGCAGCACCAAGCAAAUUCACUCAAUGAUUGCAAGAAUAUGCCCAAAUGAUACAGGUGGUCAGCGUAGUCUUGUGAACAAGUGGACAACAUUCUUGAAAGCAAGACUCGUGUGCUCAGUAAUGGAUGAAGAUGGAACAGAAACAUACUUUGAUGAAUUAGAGGAUGUGUUUCUUUUGGAGACAGAUAACCCCAGAACAACGCUUGUGUAUGGAAUUUUUACAACAUCAAGCUCAAUAUUUAAAGGCUCAGCUGUGUGUGUGUAUCAUUUAUCUGACAUCCAGACUGUGUUCAACGGGCCAUUUGCACACAAGGAGGGACCAAACCACCAGCUGAUUCCAUAUCAGGGCAGAAUACCAUACCCGCGGCCUGGCACUUGUCCAGGAGGAGCCUUCACACCCAAUAUGCGGACAACCAAAGAGUUUCCAGAUGAUGUUGUGACCUUCAUCAGGAAUCACCCUUUGAUGUUUAAUCCUAUUUACCCAAUACACAAGAGGCCAUUAAUCAUCCGGAUAGGAACGGACUACAAGUAUACAAAGAUUGCUGUGGACCGAGUGAAUGCAGCAGAUGGAAGAUACCAUGUCUUGUUUCUUGGCACAGACCAAGGAACUGUACAAAAGGUUGUUGUCUUACCCACCAACUUCUCUGCAAGUGGAGAACUCAUUUUAGAAGAGCUGGAGGUUUUUCAGAGUAAUUCUCCUAUAACAACAAUGAAGAUCUCAUCUAAAAAGCAACAGCUGUAUGUGAGCUCAGACGAAGGGGUCACCCAGGUAUCCUUGCACCGCUGCCACAUCUACGGGACUGCUUGUGCUGACUGCUGCCUAGCCCGAGAUCCAUACUGUGCCUGGGAUGGCAACUCUUGCUCCAGGUUUUAUCCCACAGGGAAAAGGAGGAGUCGCAGGCAAGAUGUGAGACAUGGAAACCCUCUGACUCAGUGCCGAGGUUUCAACCUGAAAGCCUACAGAAAUGCAGCAGAAACAGUCCAGUACGGAGUGAAAAACAACACCACCUUUCUUGAAUGUACACCCAAAUCUCCUCAGGCUUCUAUUAAAUGGCUGCUACAAAAAGAUAAUGACAGGAGAAAAGAGGUCAAGCUGAAUGAGAGGAUCAUAGCUACUGAGCAAGGACUCCUCAUUCGCUCUGUCCAAGACAGUGACCGAGGGCUUUAUCACUGCAUUGCAACAGAGAACAACUUCAAGCAAACCUUAGCAAAAAUCAAUUUCAAAGUGCUAGAUACAGAGAUGGUGGCCUUCAUGACUGACAAGUGGUCCCCUUGGACCUGGGCCAGCUCAGUGCGAGCGCUGCAGUUCCACCCAAAGGACUUUGUGGGAGCUUUCAGCCACUCAGAAAUGCAGAUGAUUAACCAGUACUGCAAAGACAGUAGACAGCAAGGUCAGCAGAGGGAAGAAUCCCAGAAGAUGAGAGGGGACUACAGUAAACUAAAGGCCCUUAUCAAUAGCAGGAAAAGUAGAAAUAGAAGAAAUCAGUUACCUGGAUCUUAAUUUUAUUUUAUAUUAGGAGAUAUCUUUGUCCUCACUGUAGGGGGCUUAUAUUUAUCUGUUGAGAACAAAUUUGAGCAAAUAUGAUGAAAAAUUAAAUGAUAUUACAACAAGCUUCAGAAAAUAUCAUCCUCCCAAUAAAAUGCAGUGUAACUUAAGAAAAGAUGCAGAGAAUUUUCAUUCCUAGAUGCUUACAGGCACUAGAUUAUGCUCUGUCCUAGAAGCAAAACUGAGUGUUCUUAAACCAGAUUCACAUUCAACAUCUCAGUAUUUAAUUACUGUUGAACAGAAAUUAUUACAAAAUCAAUGCAUUAUCUUGCAACUUUGGAACUGUACUAAACAGAUUGGUGGUGGGAGAAUCUGGGUUAAGAUGCAAGCGCAAAGUGAGAUGGUACUAAGAUUUCCUUGCACUGCAUUUAUGAACAUGAGUUUCUACUUGUUUACUGUUCUAUACUGGGUUUACAGCUUUCACUCGUUCAAAUCAUGUGAAUGCACGCAGGUAGGAAGCAAAUAGAGUAGAAAUGUUUCAUUCAUUCAGAGGUCAAAUGAAGGAAUGAGUAGAAGAAAAAGAGAAAGCUUUUUAUACUUUAUCAGAGGAAACUGAUUAUUGUGCAUAGUAUGAGUUGUAAUAAAUUAAUGAGUCUGGAAUGUAAUUUAAACUCUCUGCUCGUAUUGAUUUUUAUAGGAUGUCCUAUAACAUGACAUAGCUUUAUAAGUGGCACAAGCUAAGAUGAGAAUGUUCAUUUAUACAUACAAUUUUGAAAAACACCUAAGUGUCUUGGGUAUUUUAGCUGUUUUCAAAUAAUUACACUCCAUUUUUUUUCAAAGGUCAGAAAGUGGGUAUACUGUACAGUGUUCACUCAAAAAUUGUCUUUAAUCUGCUUCACAAUUUAUUUGGAGCUGGUCUACAAUAUAGAAACAAGUCAGAAAUGUCUUUGAAUAUUUCAAAACAUUAUUUUUUCAGCUGGUUUCUCAAAGUUGCAAAUACAGUAUCUAGAAUUAAAGUAUUUUUCAAUCUUUAUAGCUUUUUCAUUUUCAAUGCUAUUUUCACAAUUUCCUCCUUUUUUUUUUUUUUUUGGUUGGUUUUCUACUGAAAAGAAGAUCAGGAAAAAAAAAAAGAUAGAAAAUAAAAACUAAAAAAACUAUAUGUUUCGGUCAAAACCGUAAAAUUAUAACAUUUUGAGAGGGAUGUUUAAAUAGAAAUAUUUUUGUUUAACAAGCAGCUGUCAGGUCUAAUGAAGUAUGUCUAUUGAAAACUGGGUACAUGUGCAUCAUCUAUCCUGGGCAAAACAAUCACGUCCUUUUGAGCAACACAGAUGCCAAAAAAUAGGGACAAAUGUUCGUUAUUUUAUUCUGUAAGAGUGUUCUGGAAGCCACUGGGUUUGUUUACAGGAAAUAGUAGGGAUUGGAUGUGUGUGACUACCUUAGAAAAACUGUUUUAUUACAUGAUGUUUUUAUGAUUGUAUGCAACAAUAUAAGCUAAUUAACUAUGUUCAGUUCAAUAAAUAAAUGAAUAAUAAAUAAAUAAAUACACUUUCUGAAAAAUCACUUAGUGAAAGUAACUUCUGAGCCCAAUGAAGGUAAGAAAAAGUUAGCUCCAGCCAGUAACAUGGGUACUGUAUUUAAAACACAGUUUUGAAAAAAUUAAUGGAUGCUUGUUGAAACUCUUGGGCAUUAUUUUGCUUCUACACUGUGUAUAACUCUACAGGAUGUAGGAAGACACCUCAGCCAGUGUGAUUUAAGAUCCAGCGCAAUGGAGUUAACUCUGUUAUUAAGGUGAUACCAUAGUUUGAUAUGUCAGAUCGUCACCACCUGAUGCAGAAUAGCUGGGAAAUGGGUCAUGAUUUAUCAAACUACUUGAACACCCUCCCUAAGAUGCAGAUGCUUUGAUGUUCUUGGACUUAUGUAUACAUGCUUAGUGCUUGCUUCAAAGGGGAUGGCAAUGCCUGAUUGUAUGUUACCAAGUAAAGUGUUUUCCUCAGUCAAGGCCUAAAUGCAUGUUUCUAGUUUCUGCAGUACGUAGAUGUUGGUAAUUGAGGUCCUUCACAUGGAAACCAAUGAGUAAAUUUUCUUUUUGAUUUCUGUGAUCUUGGAACCAGCCUUGAGAACUGGGAAAAAAAAAUACUUUCUGGGAAAAAAAAAAAAAAAAAAAGAUAACCGACUUCUGGAGUGUAUAAGUAACAAACCAAAAAUUGAGUGCCACAGAAUGAAACUACCUCCUAGAAUGACAUUAGUGCAUAUGCUCUGUAUGCUGCCAUGCUCUUAUUUCCCCAGCAGAUUCACUGCAGAGUCAGUGUGAUAUUAAUAUCUAUUGUGAGGAUCAUAAUUGCUUCCAGAUGGAAUACAGUGAUUAAUAAGUAUUUAAGGGUACAGUUUACUCCUUAAGUGGUUAGGUACAGUGAUAUUUUAAUAGACCCCCUUUAGGCCUCAGAAAUUAUAGUUACACUGUUUUCUAAUAGAAUGUUGGCAAUAAGGGAUUCCAUUAAAACAAUCAGCAUAGUUCAGUUUCAUAUGAUUAUAAAAUAAUAUUUUUAAAGCUGCUUCAUAUACCAUUAUUAUGGUAUGACUGUUUAAGGGAUUAUACUUAAACUAACAUUUUUCCUGCUGCAAGAAAACUUCAGCAAAUAUAUAAUAAGUUGCUGUCAGUGCAUAACUGGUCCAAGCUUCCAUGCUUUAGCAGCCUUCCCCUGUGUAUAGAGUAGUCAGGAGCCAGAUGCUCAGCUGGUAUAAACUAAUGUAACUUCCUUGCUGUCCAUUUAGCUACUGUGGUUUCUACCAGCUGAGGGUUUGGCCCUGAAUGUACAGAAUAGGCAAACUUCAUUUUUUAUUUGUUUAAAGUAGCCCCUCUACUGCAGGUAACACCAAAAUUUAGGACUGUAAUAUUGUUUGUGCUAUUUAAUACUUCAAAUUUUGAGGAUUACUAAAUUAUGUAUAUAAUUUUAUUUCUUAAAAAAUACAAAAGCAAAAAGAUGUCUAGGCAUAACUUCACAAAAUGUAAAGAUAUGUUUUCUGCUAAGAACUUCACUGUGUACUGAUAUUUUUUGGUUAUUAUUAUUUUGUGUAGUUUGUAAAGUUUGCUGAAAUCUCGACCUAACAAUGUGUUUUUUGCAAUUGUUGUUACUGUAGAUAUGCGUGUUUUAUUAAGAAAAUCUUGUUUUUAAAAAUUGUAGGUAUGUGUAAAAGUUCCUAGCAUGAUGAAACUGUCAUUACAGUGAAUAUGCAUUAUAUGGUGUGUAAGAAAGAACAAAAUGUAGUUUAACAUAGUGUUAUUUAAUUGAAUAUCUAAAAUAUUAUUUGCCUGACAAAAUAAAGUGUGUUGCAACAA